GCACCAGGGCGGCAUGGACAUUUCCUUCCAGCAGUGCAACCCAAGCCCUGCUCUCGUCUUGCGCGUCAAGGUCUCUGUAGCCCUCAUGCUCGCCAUUUUCCUCGCCAAGCCGGCCGUUUACCCACUCGGGGAUGCGGUGAGCAGGCAGAACCUCUCCCUCGCCGUUAUCUCUAGCUUUCUUCUCCUUGCUCUCUGACGAACCGAGGAGUGACGGCGGUACGGUGUCGAACGGGACGUGUAGAUUCGGCAGCCGUCCGUCAACCGCACCUGACACGGACACGUCCCAGCGCACGGCUACGUGGGACGGCUGGGGUGUCUGUGAGAAGCGCAGCGCGAGAUAGGCCUGCCACUUCAAACACUCGACAUCGCUGCUCAGUAACUCGGAGCUGCCGGGCUCCUUGUGAGCUUUUGUAGACCGCGGCGGGUGCACCCAGAGCGUCGGUGUCCGGAGAGGUUGGGCUUGGUAUGGUGAUAUCGUCUGCGGGCAGGUGUACAGCGGAAAGCGAGAGAAAAGGGCUCGGAUGGACGCUGGUACUUCGAUGGCCAUCCUGGAGGAGGUCUGGUUGCUAAAUCUUGGGGAGUCUUU